UUACUAUUUCCGGUUAACGUCGUGUUGUUUAACGGCAACCGGCAGCCGCGCUCGAGCAUCAGUCGGUUUGAGUGUUAACGGAAACGGUUUGAAGAAACCAGCUUGCAAAAAUGUGCGGCAUCUGGGCUUUGUUUGGCAGCGAUGAGUGCCUGUCGGUUCAGUGCACCAGUGCCAUGAAGAUCGCUCACAGGGGUCCCGACGCCUUUCGAUUUGAGAACGUCAACGGCUUCACCAACUGCUGUUUCGGCUUCCACCGGUUGGCUAUCGUGGACCAGCUGUAUGGCAUGCAGCCGUUGCGCAUUAAGAAGUUUCCUUUCCUGUGGCUCUGCUACAACGGAGAGAUUUACAACCAUGAGACGCUGAAGAAGCAGUUUGAGUUUGACUACCAGACUAAAGUGGACGGCGAGGUUUUGCUCCAUCUCUACGACCGCUUUGGCAUCCAGAAGAUGGCUUCUCUCCUGGACGGCGUCUUUGCUUUUGUUCUGCUGGACACAGCCAACAGAAAAGUCUGUCUGGGAAGAGAUACGUACGGCGUACGGCCUUUGUUCAAAUUCCUUACAGACGAUGGAUUCCUUGCAGUCUGCUCAGAAGCCAAAGGGCUCAAAGACCUUACUCAUGCGAUGGACACCCCUCCUGAAAUCAUCCCCUUCCUCCCUGGACACUUUGAGGUCUUUGAUUUGAAGCCAACCGGCAAAGUUCAGUCCCUUCAGAUGGAGCCGUUUCACUGCUGCACGAAAGAGCCUUCUCACGCCGUCUACGACACUCUGGAGACGCUGCCUACAGGUUUUGACGAGGAAACGGUGAAAGGAAACAUCAGAAAGCUGUUUGAGAGCGCUGUGAGGAAACGUCUCAUGGCUCACAGGAGAAUUGGCUGUCUUCUGUCAGGUGGUCUGGACUCCAGUUUGGUUGCUGCCACACUGGUGAAGCUGGCCAAGGAGGAGAAGCUGUUGUAUCCCAUUCAGACAUUUUCAAUCGGGUCAGAGGACAGUCCGGACGUCUUAGCUGCUCGCAAGGUCGCAGCUCACAUUGGCAGUGAACACCACGAGGUGAACUUCACUGCGGAGGAAGGCAUCCAAGCUGUAGAGGAAGUCAUCUUUCACCUGGAGACGUACGACAUCACCACCGUGCGUGCCUCUGUCGGGAUGUACUUGAUUUCAAAGUACAUCAGAGAGAAGUCCGACAGUGUGGUGAUCUUCUCCGGAGAAGGUUCAGAUGAGCUGACUCAAGGAUACAUCUACUUCCACAAGGCUCCAACUCCAAAAGCAGCUGCAGAGGACAGCGUUCGACUGAUGAAGGAACUUUACCUGUUCGAUGUCCUCCGUGCCGAUCGGACAACUGCAGCACACGGCCUGGAGCUCAGAGUGCCUUUCCUGGACCACAGAUUCACGGCGUACUAUCUUUCUCUGCCUGAGGAGAUGAGGACUCCAAAGGACGGAGUGGAGAAACAUCUUCUGAGGGACUCCUUUAAAGGUCUCAACCUGAUCCCUGAAGACAUCCUGUGGAGGCGCAAAGAGGCCUUCAGUGAUGGUAUGAUGUCUGUGAAGAAGUCCUGGUACACCUACCUGCAGGAUCACCUAGAGUCUACGGUGAACGAUGACCAGAUGGAGAAGGCUCGCAAGACGUUCCCUCACAACCCUCCAUCCUCCAAAGAGGCCUACUACUUCAGACAGGUGUUUGAGAAGCACUACCCAGGCCGGGCUUAUUGGCUCUCCCAUUACUGGAUGCCACGCUGGAUCGACGCCACCGACCCAUCGGCCCGGACCCUAUCGAUCUACAAACCCGAGAAAGAUCAAUAAGCAGAUAUCCGAAGAUGUGUCGGGCUUCUUAGCACAUUGUACAUGUAGUAUACUUCGAUUUGCUUUGUUUAACUUCAAAUUUAACUCAUUCAGGAUUAGUUGGUGUUCAGGGAGCUCAUUAGCUUUGACGAAGUUAGUUAAGGAGCUGGUCGACGUGCACCUUCACCAAACUCUGUCAAGUAAGAAGAAUACUUGAAAUACACUGCACCGUGCAGCACGUGCCACUGACGUGUGAUCGUCGCCACAAAAAAAAAUCCGUUAUUCUUUUACAGCAAAGACCAGUUUACAUUUAAAGGUCCAGUAUGUAAGAUGUUGGAGAGUAACAUAAUAUUAAUAAUUAUGUUUUCUUAAUCACCUGAAAAUAAGAAUCGUGUUACCUUAGUGCACCAUCAUGUUUCGAAAGAAUCCAAGAGGGUACAAUCAGAGUUAGACUUUUAUGGCCACCACACAAUCUGCAUCUGUGCCACUAGGCGUCACUUAAUUUUACACACUGGACCUUUUAAUAAAAUUUACUACAAGUGUAGUAUUUCAUUGGCACCGUUUUCCAACGAUAAUGAGUCCGAUCUACCUCCCAGACAGCUUGUCGUUGUCAGAUAAAGAUGAACGUGAGCAGAAACUUAAAAAGUAUCUUGAGAUAAUCCGUCACAGUAAACACAUCGUCAUCUUCUGGGUACUAUAAGAUAUGUCAGAGUACCACUGACUGCUGUAAAACCUGCUCACACCUUCAUCUUUGGUUACAUGCCAUUCCGUUUUUUCUGUCGUGUCAAGAUUUUUUUUACUUUAUUACUUUGUGUUUUUACUUUCAAAGGCACAGAAAUAAUCAUCUUGGAUCCAAAAACAACAUCACAUCAGCUUUGUUUUAAUCAUGUGACAAAUCCUGAUGUAGGCUACCCUCUGAGUCUUUAUACUGUAAUUAAAGAGCCAAGUUCAACGGCACUUUCCUGCUGAUGCUCAUAGGCUGGAUGAUAAAUAUAUUUUAGUAGCUUCAGAUCAACUACGUCAGACUUUAACCUAGAACAGAUCAGUGUAUUUAGAGCUGCUAACACCAAAAAAAAAGGCUGAUGCUUCAGCUUGUUCACUAGUAUAUUAUGCAAUUUGUGGGAAGCACUUCUUUACGGUUACUCAUAGAUAGAUAGAGGUGACUCGUGUGUGUGAACUGCCAUGGCUUUUCACACUGAUCGACGCCACCUCGGCUUAUGCAAGCAGACAUUUGUUGCAAGUGUGUGUGUCAUGGGUACAUAAUGUUUAAGUCAGGGCUGGGCGAUUAUAUCUACAGGAAGGAACUUGUCAACCGUUGAGAAGUUCAGCUGAAUUUCUAGGGAAUUACACAAUCAUGAUGAGAGUUAGAUGAAGUUAAAUAUUGCCUAUCGCCUGUUCCUAGUUUGAUUGUUGAGAUGUGAGCGCUAACUACAGCAAAUAGUGAAAUCAUUCCUGAACAAUAAACUGCAAGUCAGUAACGAUUAACUACAGCACCAAACAUCCACCCCCGGAGCUUAAAUUGAACAUUUUUAAGCGUCUGAAAACAACUUGUUACAAGUCUGUUUUAUUGGGAUAUUUUAUAUUUUUCCUCACUUUUUCAUAAUCUGUCUGACUCCUUUUUUGUUUCGUUGAUGCUAAAAUAAAUUCAUCUUAGAGACUGAAA